AUGAAACUCUCGAAUUCCAGUCAAAUCGCGGAAUCCGCCGCGUGCUAUCACAACGCAGCCACACUGUUCAGCCAGGAACUCACUCCUGAACCAUCAGACGACGAGGAUAUCGUCUACCAGGGGAGAAAAGGCCUCGAUCGCAACGGUCGGACUAUUCAUACCUCAAAGGUAGUCUCAGGAGAAACGGCAGAUGACUGGUUUAUUCCUGGCGCGGAAGACCCAGUUCCCAGCAACGAAGGAGUCAAGACUGAGCUAAAGUGUGAAGACGACCCCCUCGCAUUUCUGUCUGAGUAUCCCGAGGACGACGACUUUUUUUUCGGCCCGCCGCUAGAUCUUAUCACACGCGCCAGAGCUAUUGAAGAUGCGUAUAACCAGAGACUAUUUGAGCCGCCGUUGAAGGCAUCUGCACGGCUGGGCCGGACACACCCAGCUGCAGACAAAGAGAACGCAGACUCAAAGGUCAUUCACUUCACAGGCCGAGAUGAAAUGCCAGAGUCUCCGCUUAACAGUACCAUCCUCGCGUGGCUAAAUGAGACCGAAAUCCCUACUAUUACCACUGCUGUCAGGCCCGUCUCUCAGGUGAAGGUUGUCUCCCAGAAGACAACCACCAAAAAGCCAGACACAAAGGCCCAACGACAAACGGACAGCAGGCCCUCAGAGCGACCAACUAAUCAGGUUAAAGCCGAAAUGCGCCGCCAGAAGAACCGCAGCAAACAGCUGAAGACGAAGACUCCAGCCCCAAAUAGACCUCUCCCACCCCUCCCUGUCUCUACUAUAUCCCAACCAACCACUACAAUGUCGACAGACACAGAGUCAACCACUAAGAAAACAACCGUCAUCAAGCAGGAGCCAGAGAACUCUCCAGCACCCACGGAUCAAUUCGCCUUUCCCAGUUGCAAAGGAGUGCCUUCCAAGGGCGAAACCAUUGUGAAUCCCGCCGCCGACCCACGCCGGCAGCCCAGGCCCCUGUCUCCAGCAUCACCUGGCAGAAGACCGGCCGUUCCUGUCAUCACCUGCCACGCAGAUCAGGAAAUGGCAGACGAGGCCCCGGUCGUACCACCCGCUCCAACAAAGAGUGUCAUUAGCGAAUACACCGGACCCAUUUACGCAGGCCGCGGUCCCUUCUGGGCCGCCCAGUACAAAGACACCGAGACCCAUACAGACAACCCUCUCAAACACCGUCCAACAAAGUCUCUUACUCGCGACGAGGCCCUUGAGGAGCUCGACCGGGCCAACAAACGGAUCUGGGAGUUGGAAAUCGAUGCCUCGCGCAGCGCGUGGAAGCUCGGGUUCGCAGAUGACCAGCUGAGGGACUUUGACGAGGCCCUGAAUAGGAUUGGUCGUCUGGAGAAUACGAUCCGUCGAUUGCAGGCUGAGAAGGCUUGUGCUGUGGACCACCUUGAUCUUUUGGGCGAGGAGAUUCGCAGGUUGAAGGAGAGGAGUGAGUGGGAUGCGUGGCAGCUUGAGUUUGCCCAGCAAAAGAUUAGAGAGCUUGAAGGGGGAGAGCGGUCUUCUGUUUAUCUCAGGAAGCGCAAGUGGGAGUCGCCAUCUCUGUCUCGGAGUAAGAGAGCAAAGGCCAAUGAUGAGGAUUAUCUGCGCAGGCGCGAGACGUGGCAGGAGAGGAAGAAUACGUUUUGGGCGGAGACGGUGCGAUAA